AAUUUUUAAUCUAUGCUGUGUGAUGGAAGAAGACGGACGUGGCUGAUGGAAUUUUGUAUUAUGUUUUUCGUGAAUUUCCAUGUCUGAGCAGUGUUUAACAUUACAAAAAUGUCUGACGUAAUUGUGCCUAAGGGUCAGCCUAUCCCUGGUGAUCCAGAAAAGAAAGGCUGGCUUUUUAAGUGGACAAAUUACCUCAAGGGUUAUCAGCGGAGAUGGUUCGUGUUGUCGAACGGAUUAUUGUCGUAUUACAGGAAUCAAGCCGAGAUGGCUCACACAUGUCGUGGGACCAUCUCUUUACUCGGUGCUCUGAUCCACACGGCGGAUUCCUGCACGUUUGUCAUCAGCAAUGGAGGAACACAGACGUUUCACAUCCGAGCCCACGACGAAGUUGAACGACAAAGCUGGGUGACUGCACUCGAGCUGGCAAAGGCGAAAGCGAUUCGCGCACAAGAAUCUGACGAUGACGAGGACCAGAUGUCAUCUGGUCCAGUAGCUGUAGGCAGCGGCGAGGGCGAGAGCGAGGACGCGGGUGGCAUAGCCCGGGAGCUGGCCGCGCGCUUCCACGACCUUCGCACCUGCUCCGAGCUCGUCGCCAGGCACGGGGCGGCCUUGCAGCGCUCCCUGGUAGACCUCGAGACUCCGCCCACCGACACCACGAAACAAGUGUCGGAGCGCGCGACUCUCUUUAGGAUAUCCUGCAACGCAAUGAUGAAUGCGUGUUCAGAAUUCAUGAGUGCGGCAGCUGCAUCUAGCGCUCGAAUGAGCCGCGCGUUGCAGCACGAGAGAGACCAGAAGAUGCGCCUCCAAGAAGUAGUAGAGCAGCUCGCGAGACAGCACGACUCGCUGGAGAAGACGGUCACCGCGCGUAGCACGCCGCACACGGGUGAGUGAGCGAGACACCUGCAUUACAACAUGAGACAGCACAAGACGCGCCUCCAAGAAGUAGUAGAGCAGCUCGCGAGACAGCACGACUCGCUGGAGAAGACGGUCACCGCGCGUAGCACGCCGCACACGGGUGGAAACGGUUCGGGGCAGGGGAACGAGACAGAGGAUGAAGAUCAUGAAUUCUUCGAUGCAGUGGAGGAGGGUGUGUCUUCUGCCAUGGAGGAUAAGACUUCCUUUGUGAUUAAAGUGCCCGUCAAUAGGAAAAACAAAGUAAAGAGCGGGGAAAGCUCAGAUGAAUCUGAGGGCGAGACUGUAACGGAAACACAACAGGUGAUAUUUGUGGAAGACAAGGAAAGAGCAGAAAGUGCGAUGGGCGGCGCAGAAGCCAACGCGACUGCGAGCAAGGCGCCCGACAGCGAGAAACAGGAUGUCAAAGUUUGGCCGCACGUGUCGGAGCUAACGAGCACGGUGGACGGACACCCGCGGCGUACGCGUGUGCCCGACAAGCCCAACUACCCGCUUAGCCUGUGGUCCAUCAUGAAGAACUGUAUAGGCAAGGAGCUGUCCAAGAUCCCGAUCCCGGUGAACUUCAGCGAGCCGCUGUCCAUGCUGCAGCGGCUGACGGAGGACUACGAGUACUCCAACAUCCUGGACCAGGCCACGCAGUUCAGUGACCCCGCGCACCAGCUGGCCUACGUGGCCGCCUUCACCGUCUCCUCCUACGCGACCACCUCCAACAGAACGAAUAAACCAUUUAAUCCUCUCCUUGGUGAGACAUUCGAAUGUGAUCGGAUGUCGGACCUCGGGUGGCGGUCUAUAUCGGAACAGGUGUCGCACCACCCGCCGAUGGUGGCACAGUUCUGCGAGGGGCAGGCGGGCUGGCAGUGCUGGCAGGAGUUCACGAUGACCACCAAGUUCCGCGGCAAGUACCUGCAGGUCAUCCCGCUGGGCGGCGCCUCCGCCAUGUUCCCCGCCUCCGGCAACAAGUACACGUGGAGGAAGGUGACAACGACGGUGCACAACAUAAUCGUGGGCAAGCUGUGGGUGGACAACCACGGCGACAUGGACAUCGUGGGCGAGGCGGGCGCCGCCGCCGGCUACGUGGCGCACCUCAAGUACCUGCCCUACGGCUACUUCAGCAAGGACACGCAGCGCAAGGUCACCGGCGUUAUCAAAGACCCGCAGGGCGUCCCGCGCUACGUGCUGCAAGGGCACUGGGACAGCCGCGUGGAGGUCGCGCCGGUGACGUCGGCGUCGCCCGACAACACGGUCUGCAAGACCGGCAAGUUCACCGUCGCCUGGGAGCGCGUCGCAGCGCCGCCAGACUCUGACAAGUGGUAUAACUUCACGCUGCUAGCCGCGCAGCUGAACGAGGCGGAAGCGGGCGUGGCGCCCACUGACUCGCGGCGGCGGCCCGACCAGCGCCUCAUGGAGGAGGGGCUGUGGGACGACGCCAACGCAGAGAAGCUGCGCCUCGAGGAGAAGCAGCGAGCCGCGCGCCGCGAGCUCGAACAGGCCGCCGAAGCGGCGGCGGCUCGCGGGCUGCCCGCGCCGCCGGCGCCGAAGCCGCUGUGGUUCACGCGCGAGCCGGCGGCGGCGCCGGGCGACCCGCUGCGGCACCUGUACAACCGGCGCUACUGGGAGUGCAAGCAGCGCCAGGACUGGGCCGCGUGCCCCAACAUCUUCUAGCGCGCUGGGCCGCUUUGCCGCGCUUCGCUCGCCGCUGUAGGACGAUGACUCGCGUAUAGUUGACCCACGCUGAACUGUCCCACCAAACUCAAUGACAGGGGGGCGCUACCAUCGUUCAACUAUAUGGUUUCCAACAUGGCACAAAUCGGAACCAGCGAUCCGGUAUUGACGGUGGCGCCCCACUGUCAAUGUCAUGCAUAGGACAGUUCAGUAUUUUGGAACUAUACUGUGAGCGUCGCGCGCGAGCCGACGACGGAGCGACGCGUUGUUCGUCGUGUGUCGUUGGCCGCUGUGAGGGUAGACUGAUUCGCUCCCGCCGUCGACUCGCGGCGCUCUAGGAUAUUUUGUAAGAUCUAUUACAAAUUGUACAUUUUCAAGUGGAUGUAAGAUAAUUUGUUAAUAUUUUUAUUAUAAUAAAUAAUAGAAUGAUAUUUGAAUACAAAGCCAUAACAUCUGUAUCAUGUUAAUUAUUAUGAAAAUAAAAUAUAAUGUCUAAAUUUAA